AUGUCUCCAAGAGAUAUAUACGAGGAAAAUAUUGCUAGACUUCCGAAAGCUUUACGGCCUCUUGCACAAUUUAUGGUUACACCGCUGGUAGAUCCAAGAAAACAACAAGAGUCAAUACUUUCAAAUCCAUUUGCUUUAUUUACUUUUCUUACAAAGAAAAAAGUCCAACCAAAAGUUUUUAUGUCCUUUAAAAACUUUAAUGAUAUUCCAAUUGAAUUUCUUGCAAUGAUUUGUAAACACCUUGAACCAAAUGAGCUUUUUGUCCUAUCAGGAGUAUGCAAAAAUUUAAGAACUCUUUUGUUGGAUACUGAAUCUCCAGCUACACAAGAAAUUUGGAGGAAUUCACGACUUGAGUAUUGCCCAUUUUUACAACUUUCUCCUCCCAAAGGAAUGCAGGAGCAAGAAUACAUUUCUCUUUGUUCGACGGAGAGAGGUUGUCAAUUUUGUGGCCAAAGAAAACAAUGGGUAAAAGUUUAUUGGCAAUUUAGAGAGAUCAAAUUGCGUGAACAUUAUGACCGUCGAAGAUUAGAACACACAAUCAGCUUUAGAAAAGAACGACUCCAAGAGAUAAUCGAAGAAUUUGAAGCCGAACGAAAAGAAUCAUCAGAUGGUUCAGACAAUGAAAGUAUUCAUUCAAACUCUUCAAAUUCGUCACCAAAAUAUGAUGCACAACUUCUUAGAAAAUGUCCGAUAAUCUCUGCUGAAUGGAAAAUGUUUGACCAACCUUUUACAAGCCGCGACCAAACAAGAUUCCGAAGAAAGCUUGAUUAUGAGUAUCAAAUCUUGGCAAAACAUUAUGUUUCAUAA